UCGGGUAUAGGCCGAGUGCUGAGAGUGAGCGUUACAGUUUGAUGAAGAGAACGAAAAACACAGACAUGAAAAUAAGGUAGACGAGGGUGAGUAUGUCUGAGCCUGAAACUGUACCAAGGUCGAAAACGUGAAUGAAAAAAGGUUCAUCGGGAGCAUACGGUAUGAUUGAGAGCGAAAUAGCAAAAGUGUUCCUUUACUUUCUGACCCUUACUAUCUCGCGAGAAAUUAUAGAUGAAAGCAUUUUUUCUUGAGUUUUGGCAGGAACAGGAAUCUAGAGAGUCAAACAGAAUGAAUUCAAAUUUUACAACUACAUCAAUAUCUUCUAACGAAUGGGCAAUAAAAUCGGGAAAAAGAAAGAUGGCACAGCUGCAUCAUCCUCACAAGCAGGCGGACUUGGACGCUCUGGAUCGUCCGGACUUGGAUCAUCUUCUUCCUCCACCAACAAUAAUUAGGGGUUGAAAUAUUUCAUUUUUACAGGCUUCUAUUCAUCUUUCUCCUUAAGAUGAUUGCUCUUUAAAAAUGAAGUGUUUCAACCUUUAAAAUAGUAAUGUCUACAAGGGGGCAAAAGCGUCUGGGGUCAAGAAGACAUCGAGAAAAUCAUCAGGGUCUUCUGGUGCGAAAAACUUCGACGACAUCACAGAUCCGUACGAGAAGUUCUCGCAGCUGUUUGCUGAGGACCUAAAAAUUAAGACAAGCAAAGAGCACCUCCUUAUUAUAAUUUCUGCAUCACUUUCACUAUCACUUUCACCAUCUUCACUUGAAGACUCACUUGCGAUUCCUAUCACCAUCUUCACUUGAACUAACACUAUCUUUUGAUUCUGUGGUCUUCCCCUGGUCGUGCCCAUCUCUAAUCAAUCCAGCCACCUUGGACCUAGUACCACCAAAAGUACAAGUUGGAAAACCGAGGAUGGCAAGACUGGGAGUGGAGGCUCGUCGAAACGGAGUUCUAGUAGAGUCGAGCAGGGUGACUCAGGCGCCGUCAAGGGACCAUACGAAAGCACAUUCCGAGAAGACGAUCCGAGGUUCAACAGCGCGUUUUCGAAUAUCGUUUUGUGUUUAUGGUUGCAUCGUGAAUAAGAACAUAUUUUCGGUUUUUGUUUUUCAAAAUCAAAGUAUAAAGUCAACAGUUUAACUUCUAAAACUUCUCGAUACUUCUCUCCUCUUCCAAGUGUCAACCGACAAGUUACUAGAGUCAGCGCGAAUAUCUAAAUAUUACUUCAAAGUGUUCAGCAUCGAAUCUAAACCGUCUACUUCUUCCACAUGCGAGCUUCUUCGUUCUAAUCUACCCAACCUGCAAAACACCAAAUCGAGUUCCCUAUGCCUCGAAAUUUAAGUGCUACAAUUGCGGCGCUCUAGUGGACCCAGGGACGUUCAACAGCAGAGCACAUGACGAGGAAGGGUAAUAAUGCUAUUUGAUGGCUGAUAGUUCGUUGUUGUACUUGUUCCUGUUAUUUUUAUUUCAGGUUCCAUAGAAGAUCUUGUUCUCAGUGAUGAAAAGUUGACUUUAUCACAGUUGUUGCAAAGUGAUUAGAUCAUUCACACCCACACCAGCACGUGACUGGAUUACAUUAAAUGUUGGUUUUCCGAAUCAGAAUCCUCAUCAACACGCCGACCUACUUUCCACCCACUUAUACGCCACAACAUCAACCUCCAGCUACUACAACGAAGCUAUUCUCGAAUGCGACGUCGGUUUGGCUGUCAUGGAGCAGAAACGAAAAGAAAUAGCUGAUGACAUAGAGCGAGAGCGCGUUAUCCAGGUAACUCUGGCUAAGAGCGGCUUAGGAGAAAAUAAUUGGCGUGCGGAGGAGCUGUUCAAGGAUUUGCAAGCUUGUAGAUAUACCAUCAUCCAAUUGGAGAAGCAGAAGGGAGCCAAGUUGUUCGACAUCUCGGAAAAACUAGUAGACUUGAUCAACCUGUACGACCAUGCGGAGGACAUGCUGCUCAACUGGUCGAUGCUGAAAGACGCGAUACAGAAGGAUGACCGUGUCAAUAUUUAAGGCUCAAUACAAUUCAAGGCUCAUUUCGAAGGACUUUCCUGGAAUUAGUCUGAUUACUGAUAAUAGAAGAUAUAUGCAUCUCGUCGAUGCCGUGUAGCUUCUGUUUGCUAUGAAGAUUUUCUGUAUGGUUCUGGUAUUUGGUAAUCUGAAUUUGAUCCUAAGGGUUCUCUUCUUGUUUUCCCUUAGGAUCAAACUCAGGUUACCAAAUACCAGAACCAUACAGUAUUUCCUUCUUAGGAUUGGGAGAAAUGUACAUGUAGGCAAGAAAUGAAUUGUUUUGAGCUCUAAAAUAUGGAGAUAUUUUUGUCGGAGCUGGAUCCAGCAUUUAGCGGGAAAUCGAAGCGGUACAACGUCGAGUUCAGCAAGAUGUUGAAUGAGUCUCAUCAUCUUAUGUAUCGUACGUGAGCAUGCUUGACUCUCAUCCCAUUUAUCGUCAAAAUCUUAGACUACUUGGUUUAUUAGACUUGGUGAACACUUAAUACUUUUUCAUUUCUCGAUUGAAGAAGAGGACUUGUUCUUGAGAACAAAUCUUCGGUUAUGAUAAUCAGGUACAUAGUCUGGCUGAUGGAGAAGGAGAAGGAAAUCCUGAACAAUCUCGCAUUCGAUUCUCUGCUCCAGCAAGCCUUGAAGGAUGAUGAUGAAGACUUGCUUUUGGAUUUGAUAGAGGAUUAAGGCUCAACUUUCAUUGGUCACCAUUUAGAUUGGAGUCACUGAGAUCGAAGAGGGGCCCCCUUUGAGAUCGAACAGGGGAAAACUAAGGGAAAACAAGGAGAGAGGUGUGGGGCCCUUCCCGUUCCGAGUCGGUGCCGAAUGAGUGCCGACCUUUAAGAGGAGGUCAAGGAAUUCGACUUGAACUAUGACAUCGAGUUCUUAACGCAGCAAGUCCGCUACAUCAAGGAGAAGAAGAAACGCGCACAUCUAGAGAAAACGACCACGAGAAUGCCUAAGGGCUAUGAAAACAGCUUCGGAGGUGGAGCGACUGCUUCUUCUAGUAAAGAAAAUCAAGGUGGAUCUGCGACAUUAUGGCUGGCCUUUUUUAUCCAUUUCCAUCUGUCCCAAUACUAACCUCUUAGUACCUUUUAUUAUUCCCCAGGGAAUAGAUACGAAUUCGAAUAGGACGAAUUAUACAUGAUGGGCGGAAAAGGUAUCAAGAUGGGGGACCGGGAUGGUCGUUUCAGGCGGUUUCUAACAGCAGGCACGUCUGGGGGUAGUAAGCGUACAUUCUUCAGCGCUGGGGGAGGCGAAGACGAGACGGGACCUGCUAAACCAAAAGCUACUAGUCAAGGACCGAAAUUCCGGAAUAUGUUUGGUGGUGCUCCCUCUUCCUCAGCGACUGGAGGUGGAACUGGAGCAGGUGGAGGUGCUUCUGGAAGUAGUACAAGUGGGGCUGGAACCUCAGGUGCUUCUAGUAGUACAAGUGGGGCUGGAACAGCUACUGGAAAAGCUGCUUCUUCAAGCAGUAGUACUAAUGCCAAUGCCUCCAAUAGAGCAAGUAGUGCAUCAUCCACCAGUGCCAAAGCCUCAUCAUCUGCAUCAUCUCCGCCAACAGGCAAGGCAGCUUCAGCCGGUCCUACGCAAGCACCUGGCUCGAGGCAUCCAGGCGUACCUGCAGAUCUCAAUCUCGAAGAACCUGUCUUUAGCAAAAAACAGGCUUGCACACUGCUGGGUCUAGAUUUCACUGACAAGAAACUCGAUGCGGCAGCUUACAAGAAAGCCUACAGGAAGAAGGCAUUGGAAUGGCAUCCGGAUAGACAGCAGAAUCACGAGUAUGUAGAGGACGCCACUAGGAUGUUCCAAAAAAUCAAAGAAGCUUUGGACUAUUUGCAAAAUCUAGAGACGAAGAAACAAGCAAGCAUGGCUGCAGGAAGAGCAGCAGCGGCGAAAGCUAGGUGAGUACUUGGAGAGGGGAGGCUGUUGUAGCUGAGCCUGCUACUGCAUCUGCUAGAGGUUUGUUUUAUGGAAGGAGUCCACUAUGCAUCUUUUCGUGGAGUUUCGCUUUCCCAUGUUUUCUCGUACUAUGACUUGAAACGCUAUCAACCACGACUAGCGUUUAUAUUUCCUUAUACGACUAGGACGUUUACGACAACGACUAUGACUUAUGCGCUAUUGCGACUUUCAAAAAUCUAACGAUAAACUACAUUGUGACACUUUCGAAUUAACGCAGCUUGACAACACUUCAAAGUCACCUGACUUCCAACUAAAGAAUGAACAUAACUCUUGACCUUGAUUCACACAGAGCAACCAGUAAGGAAGUAGGCACGACGCAUGUAGUCGUCAUAAGAACAUUACAGCGAGUUUGUAUUACGAUAGGUCGUGGUUCAACUAAGAGAAACGAG